AGGAGGCAGCCGCCGCCGGAGGGCCAACAGACCUGGAAGAAAGACUUUGUCUUGGAGCUAACUCCUGUGCAUUUUGAGAUCAUUCAUCAUGAAGUAUGUAGUACAGGAAUGGCUCAGAGUAACUACCUUGCUAUUCAUAACUCAAGCAGUUUCUGCAAUGGUUCUUCCCAAUGCCACGCUCUUAGAGGAACUUUUGGAAAAGUACAUGGAUGAAGAUGGUGAGUGGUGGAUCGCCAAGCAGAGAGGGAAAAGGGCUAUCACAGACAGUGAUAUGCAAAGUAUCUUGGAUCUUCAUAAUAAAUUACGGGGUCAGGUGUAUCCACCAGCUUCCAAUAUGGAAUAUAUGACGUGGGACACAGAACUGGAGAGAUCUGCAGAGUCGUGGGCUGAAACCUGUCUAUGGGAGCAUGGGCCUGCAAGCCUUCUUCCAUCAAUUGGGCAGAAUUUGGGGGCACACUGGGGAAGGUACAGACCUCCAACAUUUCAUGUCCAAGCAUGGUAUGAUGAAGUGAGAGAUUUCACGUAUCCCCAUCCUCAUGAAUGCAACCCAUAUUGUCCUUACAAAUGCUCUGGUCCUGUUUGUACACAUUACACACAGGUUGUUUGGGCUACAAGUAGCAGAAUCGGUUGUGCAAUUAAUUUGUGUCAUAACAUGAACAUCUGGGGACAGAUUUGGCCAAAAGCAGUCUAUCUUGUAUGCAAUUAUUCUCCUAAGGGUAACUGGUGGGGUCACGCUCCUUAUAAACCUGGCCGCCCUUGUUCCGCAUGUCCCCCUAGUUUUGGAGGAGGUUGCAGAGAAAAUCUUUGUUACAGAGAGGAUUCAGAAAGGCCUUACUCUCCCCACGAACCAGAAGAGGAAACCAAUGAGAUUGAACGUCAGCGAUCCAAAGCCCAGGAUGCAACGGCGCAAAGCCGGCCAAGAACUCAUUCACCUUCAGGCUCCACAGGCAGUGAUGACAGUGAGAAAAAUGAAGUAAUAAGCACACAGCAAAUGUCUCAGAUUGUUUCAUGUGAAGUAAGGCUAAGAGAUCAGUGCAAAGGAACAACUUGCAAUAGGUAUGAAUGUCCUGCUGGCUGUUUGGAAAGCAAAGCCAAAGUUAUUGGAAGUGUACAUUAUGAAAUGCAGUCCAGUAUUUGUAAAGCUGCCAUACAUUAUGGCAUCCUAGACAAUGAAGGUGGCUGGGUUGAUGUCACUAGACAAGGAAGGAAAAAUUACUUUAUCAAGUCUUACAGAAAUGGUGUUCAGUCAAUUGGAAAAUAUCAGUCUGCUAACUCCUUCACUGUCUCUAAAGUAACAGUUCAAGCUAUCACGUGUGAAACAACAGUGGAACAAUUGUGCCCAUUUCAAAAACCAGCCUCACACUGCCCAAGGGUGUAUUGUCCUCGCAACUGUAUGCAGGCAAAUCCACACUAUGCUCGUGUAAUUGGAACACAAAUUUAUUCUGAUAUAUCCAGUAUCUGCCGGACAGCAGUACAUGCUGGUGUAGUCCGCAACCAGGGCGGUUAUGUUGAUGUUAUGCCAGUAGACAAAAGAAAGGUGUACACUGCUUCCUUUCAAAAUGGGAUAUAUUCAGAAAGUCUACAGAAUCCUCCAGGAAGCAAGGCGUUCAGAGUAUUUGCUGUUGUUUGAGCCUAGCAAGUAAAAUGUAAACCAACCAA